UCAACUCCGAUAGCAUUUCUAGAACGUUGACUCUGAUGUGAUUUUCGUCAUACGAAGGCAUCUGGUCGUGCUGCGAAAUCACCAGGUUUUGGAGCGUUGACUUAUCUGGUCUGUCGUCUUGAUCGUUUACUCAAGAGCUUCAUCAUCAUCAUCAUCUAGAUUGAUCAAUAUGACAAGUAAGCUGCAGCUGUAUUCUUUCUUCAUGAGCAGUUGCUCUUUUCGUGUCCGCAUUGCUCUCAAUUUGAAAGGGCUUGAUUAUGAAUACAAGGCCAUUAAUCUGUUCAAAAACGAGCAAAGUCAUCCUGAGUAUUUGAAGAUGAAUCCUAUUGGGUAUGUGCCUGCCCUUGUGGAUGGUGACAUAGUACUUGCUGAUUCUUUUGCAAUCAUAUUGUACCUUGAAGAGAAGCACCCUCAGCAUCCUUUGUUACCUCGUGACCUUGCCAAAAAGGCAAUAAAUUAUCAGGUUGCAAAUAUUGUUGCUUCGAGCAUACAACCUCUUCUAGCAUUACCUGUUAUGAACUAUAUUGGAGAAAAUGUUGGUGAAGAUGCAAAAAUUCAAUGGGUUUAUAAGCAUGCUGCAAAAGGCUUUGCUGCAGCUUUGGAGAUCUUACUAAAAGAUCACGCUGGGAAGUAUGCAACUGGAGAUGAAAUUUACCUGGCUGAUCUGUUUCUGGCUCCACAAAUCAUUAGUUUAAAAGAGAGAUUCAACUUUGACAUGAGCGACUACCCUCUACUAUCCAGGUUGUGUGAGGCAUACAAGCAGGUACCUGCCAUUCAAAAGGCCCUGCCAGAAAACCAGCCAGAUUUUCCAUCAACUGAAGGAAAAAUCUAAAGGUAAACUAAUAUGGGUUAACGUGACAACGAGUGACGAUUAUUCUUCAACAAAUGUUAGUGUUUGUUUUAUAAGGUUGCUAUAUGGUACUUUUUAAAGAAUAAUUAUGUAUGGAAGUUGUACACUUUGUGUUGGUUUGAAUGAUGAUUUUGCUAAAGAAUAUGUCAUAUUGUAAUACCAUUAUACGAGACUUUAUCA